GUAUCGUCGAGUGUAGAGGUUGAUGCGUCGGUAGAGAUUCUCAGUGUUGGUAGGUUUGGCGUGUGUCAUGCUGAUUAAUGAUUUGUGUUUUGUGGCAUGCUUCCUUGUCAGUUCCCGUACUCGCCGCAAGCCUGUUAGUAUUUAUGAAUGUGUACCUACCUACCAAUAGUGAUGCCGUGUGAGUAGUGUGGUAUGAAGAGUAGAGAGGAAAUUAUCUUUCUUCUCCUGCUUUGGCUUUCUUCAUUUAUGUUGAGAAAUCAAAGAGAGUGGCGGUGCCGAAACGAAUGAAAAAUGAAAGAAUCAAAUCAAAAUAAUAACAUGUUGAUUCGAAGCGUUAUAAAAGUUUAGCAGAAAGAGAAAAGUGUGGAAAUAUAUUUAUCUAAUCUGAGAAUGAGCAAGAAGAAGAAAACGAAUAAAUAAAGUAGACGGUGUUCAUUUUGUGCAUGGAAGUAAAUAAUCAAACAAGAUCAAACCACAUGCGUUUUUUUGAUAAACAGAAACUUUGCUGAAACGAUUCAUACCGCCGUCGUAACAGGCAUCGUUUCCGUACUCAUUUCGGUGCCAUUGAUACAGCCAAAUGCCGUUAAUUCUGAAGCAGAAUUGAAAGAUUCGUUAACGCAAAACUGGUUCAAGAAGGGGAGGAAGUUAGGGAAUGACUCUCAACGUAUUCAACGGAAGAAAAAAAGAGUGAAGCUGUUAAAAGUGCAUAAUUUGUGAGAUCACUUAAGAGCCUAUACAAAAUGAAGUCAACGAAUUAAGCUAAAUGUAUACAAUUAAUUACAAUAAAGCGUUGCCGAUAAUUGUGCGAAGAAAUUUCAUUGAACCCAUGAAUCUGUGCAGUAGCCUUCGUGGAACGCCAUCCAGUCCCAGCCAUCGGCGGUGAUGCAAACUGCAGGCUUUUUGUUGAGCUUUUUUUCUCCUUCGCCACAACGUCUGGCUACGGUUUAAUUUUACAGCGCAUAAAUAAAAGACCGCGAAGAUAGAGGCCGCUCGCAGUUAUUCGCACAAAUACGACCACUAAGAGCCUCGUGAACAUACAAUCCGUGUUUAGCAUUUUGCUGUUGUUGUUGUUGGUACCAGUAUUCCCCUCGUGGUAAAGUGAUCCUCACAAUCAGUGCUGGAUUCGUAGAGACGGAUUUUGGAUGCAAAAUUUGCAUCUCUUUGAAAUCGAGAUAUAAGUGUAAGAGUAAAUUAACAAUAUUUAAAACAAGCUAAUGAGCAAUGAAACAACAUGUUUCACAUUAAACGAAUAAAUUAUGUGUGGCGGAAAUGGAACUUUACUGCCAGUCUUGGAAUUGAAAAGGUAUUUUGAAGGCGGUGAAGUUUGGUAUAAUCUAAAAAGAAAAUAAAAGGUGUAAUAAAGUGAAACCGACAAUCAAAGUGAAACGAAAAUGGCCCCACAAAUGAAUCUAUGGAUUAUUCUGACUCUCUUUGUAAUUAUUUCCGUACAUUACGGCUGCGGGCAUAAUUACGGACAAGGUGUACCGACAUGGAUAUGCCUAGGACUGAAGUCACCCUUCAUACAGUUCCGGUCGGAAUUCGAGGUGCUAUCUAAUAACAGCAUAUCGUUGAACCUAACGGAAAUACGGCACAAACUAAAGAGUGUUCAAAAUUUGGAUCACUUUAUACGGCCAGUGGACAGUGGGCAGAAGGAUGACGAGAGGCGACCGUUUCCCAAAGGAAUGGGAACUCAAUCUGGUGUGGUGAACACUUUUUCCAAUAACAUGACGAUUACAUUUCUGACCACCACUCCGCCAUCAUUUGUAAAUCAUUUCGAAAUAACGACGGAGAGCAGUUUUCGUGGUGAAAUAGAAAUGGAGAGAAAAGCAUUGACUGAACACAUGAUCUCCGAUCAUAAUGGUCGGAAGGAAACAAAAUAUAUAAUACCACUCGCGCUAAAAACCUCAUCGAAUGAAAAGGAAAAAACGUCAUCUAUAUUCCACGGAUCAUCAACCAAUAUCGACGAUUUGAAGCGUCAUAUUUUAAUGCUGCAGAACCUAACCCAAUCCGAUAAGAGCUUUCAGAGUAAGUUUGUGGUAUUUCCUUCGUUGCAGAAAAAUGACACCGAUGUUGUAAGCACUGAAUCACCAACAACCAUAACAGCCGCCACAACGACAUUCUCUCGAACCCCAUUUCAUCAGAUGCCAGUGUUACAAAUUAGAGACGAUCAAAGUGCGGCCAAGGUUAUGCCCGAGAAGUUCACACGGCUGCGACCCACAAUCAAUAUGCCCCGGGAAAUCUUACCUAACUCGCAAGACAUAUUGUCCGACAAUAAAGACGACAUGUUUAAAAUGGAGAAAAUUACAAUAAUCCCACAGGUUUUUUUACAAAAUGACCAAACUCCGGACUCCACGGCCGAUGAAGAGAAUAAUAACAAUAAUUACGACCACAAUAAAGAGAAAAUGAAAGAUAUCAAAGGAAGUAUGGGAGAGAACAUCAAAAAUAAAAAGGCAAAACCGCCUAUCUAUUACACUAGAGAAGGUACCGAAGAAGGAAGGGACGAUAAAUUCCCGCCGAUAACCACAAUGCCACCAGCUCGACAAGUCGGACGAAACGGAACAACAACGAAUUUGUCGUCUAGCAGCAUGGCACAAAUAGCCGUCAUCGACGGAGAUACUAAAUUUGAUGUAAUCUCUUCACGUGGUACCACAAGUGCACGGGGAGGUAAGAAGCGAAAUCGAAAAAAUCAAAAGCUAGCCGAAGAGAGAAUUAAUUUGGGUUCGAUUCAAGUCGGUGUAGCGAACAAAGGUCCGACCGCAAAUAAAACAAAAACAGGGAGGAAAGGUACUAAGCGAGCGCAGAGAAUUCAGCAGAAAACAUUGAUGCUGCAGCAGCAAUUAACGCCAGACUCAUCAACUUCAGCUUCUCCUUCGGUAAAAGCCGUUGGCUCAACAUCCGCUAGCUUUACCCGCAGACUGUCGCGCUUUCGACGCGCCGAACGUUUAGCCACUAAAACUCAGCGAUCUCACUUAGAAAAUAGUUUUAUCAAAACCAGUUCAAUAGUUCCUAUCGAUGCGCCCCUCAAUGUGUCCAAUUUUACCACGAUGAAUGACAUAAGCAAUAACGUGAACGUGAGAAAUAGUUCAAUUUUCGAUAACAGUAAUAACGGUAAUCACAGUGAAAAAGAUAUAAUCAAUUUGAACCCAGACCUUUGUGCCAAAGUUAGCGGUCUAAGUGGAGGCCAACAAAAGCUGUGCACUCAACAUACGAGUGUUAUGCCGGCGAUCAGCCGUGGCGCCCGAGCUGCCAUUCAGGAAUGCAAACAUCAAUUCAAACAUCGCAGAUGGAACUGCAGUACCAUUGAAGAUGAUACCGUUUUCGGGCCCGUUUCUAAUAUAGGCUCACCGGAGAUGGCUUUUGUGCAUGCACUUUCAGCUGCUGCUGCCACCAGUUUCAUCGCACGCGCCUGUCGCGACGGACAAUUAGCAUCGUGUGGAUGCUCCCGAAGCUCCCGGCCAACACAACUGCACGAAGACUGGACCUGGGGAGGUUGUGGAGAUGACAUGGAAUUUGGUUACAAAUUCUCGCAAACCUUCAUCGACAUCAAGGAGAAGGAGAAAAAACGUGGCACUAGGGGUUUGGUAUCCAUCCCGGCGAAAUAUCCUAAAAUUGUGGAGAGGCUCCUCGAGACGUUGAACGACACAAGCAAAAACGUUCUAAAUGGCACUGACACAAUUUUCCGCCCAGAGGAUUUGCAGAAGCUUCAAGAUAAAAUUGCCAAAGAAAUAUCCAACUCAAACCUGGAUCCAAAGGAAAUGAAUGAACUUCAGGAAAGGAUAAACAGGGAGAUAACUAAUUCAGAAGUAUUUAAUUUGAAGCACUUCAACGUUUACGAUAAAUUGAAGAAAAUGUUCCGAAAGCCCGAACGAACGCUCAACGGGGUGAAAUUUAGUGCAUCCGCAAAGGCUCGUGCGUUGAUGAAUUUACAUAACAAUGAAGCAGGACGAAGGGCUGUCAUAAAAAAAUCUCGCAUCAUAUGCAAAUGUCACGGCGUAUCUGGUUCUUGCAGUCUCAUUACAUGUUGGCAGCAAUUAACGUCCAUCCGAGAAAUUGGUGAUUUUCUGCGAGAGAAAUACGACGAAUCCACGCAGGUCAAAAUCAAUAAACGUGGACGGUUGCAGGUGAAAGACCCCAGAUAUAAAAUACCAACUCCGCUGGAUUUGGUGUACCUAGAUGAGAGCCCCGAUUGGUGUCGGAAUAACAGACAACUGAAGUGGCCAGGGACUCACGGUCGAAUUUGUAACAAGAGUUCGUCGGGGUUGGAUGGAUGCGCGAUUCUCUGCUGCGGUCGAGGCUACAAUACGAAAAAAAUCGUUGUAAAGGAGCGAUGUAAUUGCAAGUUUCAGUGGUGCUGCCAGGUUAAAUGUGAUAUAUGUACGAAGCAUAUAGAAGAAUACACGUGUAAAUAGUAGGUAUGGACAGUGGAUGAUGAAGAAUUGCCACCGCGAGCUUAGUCAUGAGAGGCUACCCCAAAAAUGGAUCGAAUUGAACAGUCGCGUAGAUGUGUUCUGGUUGCAUAAUACUUUGAACGUUUUUCUCGUGUGCAAGUACUCAGAAUGUGCAGAAGAACAUUAUUUAUUACACCGUCGUAGAAUGAAUGAAUGACCUUAGGAUACACAUUUUAUUAUAGUGUUUCUGCUGUAUGUGCUAUACUAGUUGAUAAUUUCGAUUAAAGUUUAUAUUGUUUCUGACAAAUGGUAUAGAACGGAAAAUAUCAGUUUAUCGUUGGAUAUAGAAUAAGUUAGAAUAUGUAUACAUCAGACUGCGUGAUUUAUGUAAUGCAUAUUUGUAGAUCCUUAGGAAGCCUGGAAUUUGCAUAGUUUGAAACAUAUCAAGAGAUUAUGUUUUGCAAAUUGAUGUUUCUUUUCAUUUAGGUGUCAUAAAAGAUUUCAAGAGCAAUAGAAAACUCAAACAGAUUGCAGUGCAGCAGUAGCUUUUCUGUGUCAGCCUUCAUGUCUCGAAACAUGUCGUUCAUUAGUGUGACCAAAUAUUUAUAUUUUUCUUCCUGAACCACUAUUUUUAUUUACAUUCCAGAAAUUAAUCCCACGUUCGAGUUGCACAAGUAAGUUUCAGCUUAAGUAGUCGUUCCUAACAAAUCACUAUUGUCAUUUAUGAAUACGAAUAGUGCGUCUAAAACAUUUCUAGCUUGUUCUAUUACACUUUUCAUCGCGGAAAUACAAACCUGGUGAAAGCCAGGAUAUUUUACGGAGAUCCAGAACGUGCAUAGAUGGUUAUGAAGUAAAAUUACGAAAAUAUUCUUGGAUGAUCAGUAUUAAGUGCAACGGGUAUGUUUAUCAAUGCCACAAAUACUUUGCAUUUUAGUAACAUUUUGAUAUCUUGCAUAGUGGGAGUGAACAAUAAAUACAUGCAUCUCAUUCCGAUAAUAGUAUAUGUAUAUAUAAAUAUACAUAAUAAAAUAGAAAUGUGUUUUAACAUCAGUAUUAUUAGAACUACUACUGCUUAUGAGCUCUCAUAAUAGAAUCCUAGGUGUAAUAAUAGGGAACGAUCCGAUGAUUUCAGUUAGAUGAAUAUUUAUUGACAUGACGUCUUAUAAAAAGCACCCCACCCCUGGAGUGAAACUAAUACUUUGCGUUUUAAAACAAGUUCAAUACUGAAAUUCAAAAUGUAUGCCCACUUGCUGUCUGCGUAACGGAUGAAUAGACCAAUCAGUAAUGUUUUCGAAGGCGACCCGUGUGAAUGGUCGUUCAAGUUAUGAAUGUCAUUUAAAGCAAUGAAUACGAGAUUACGUGUAAUUAAAAUAAAUAUA